CUCGGCCAAAGUCAAGUUGGAAGUUGGAACCGCAGAACGUCACCAACCGCAACCAACCCCCGACCUCGCGAUACCACAAAUCCCGCGUAUUCCAGCUCUUUGCGCAAUCACAAUUAAGUUUAACCAAUGAAAAAAACGAGGGCCGAGGGCCCAACCGCCAACGCCUCAAACUUUGAAACUCCGGAACAAUCGGAAAUUGCCUCCUUGGGUAUAAUCUCAUGCACGUGUUGGCUUGACGUGCGUUUCUCAGUGCCGCAAUCCUGCCGCUCGCCCUUUUGCGUAUCACCUCGCUUUACGAACCGCACCCCCCACACUCUGACCAACUCGAUCGUCUCUUUUGCGCCCGCGCGACGAUAAAGACUGUGUGUAAAACGCUAAUGGAAUGAAGGGAAAUGAAUGAAUGGAUGAGACGAGGAUGAUCUGCGAUAUGUCAGUCGAUGUCUCGGUCGUGCCUCGGAAGCAAUCGGCUAGCGCUCAGACAUGAGGAUGAGUGAUGCGUUUUGUAAGGGAGGGGGCCCUGUGGCUGUGCUGACGCUCCGUGCGAGCCUGGGUGAGCAAGUACGCACCUCUGAGUUCCAGCUCGUUCAGGAAACAAGGCCAGUUUCAAUGCUCCGCAUGUAUCGCGCCUGUGCCCUCGCACACACUGCACUUGUUGCUGCCGGAUCGUUUGCAUGCUGGACAGCCCUUGCCAUUGCAAGCGUCGCACUUUGUGGUUCCGUUGCCUUUGCACGUUGGGCAGUCCUUCAUGUUUGCGUUUGCGUAGUUGACCGGAUCGAGCGGGCGGAAGUGAAUAGCCGGGGCAGAUGCGGCGCAGUAGGCAGAAGCAGAAUGAACAAAAGGUAGCAAGAAGGUGAAUAUGGAGCCGAGUUGGGUCUGGAGAAGAGCAAGAUAUAUGUCGAAUCGAAGACGCUUCUGAGGUGAUCGCAAUGGAUGGAAGGGGCAGUCGCGGUGAAAUAGUCCGUUGAUCUUGAUUUAGCAAGGCAGUACCACGGUUAUGAAGAUGAGCAACACAGUUGAAGUUUCGAAACAC